AUGAAGAUGAGCAACUACAUUCAGAAUUCUAUUAGAUUUAUUCACAGCUGCAUCGCUAUUACUUGUCGAAAGCAAGAUGGAGGACAGGCUGGCAUCCAUGAAUGCCUCUGGUAUGCGGGACCCGUGCCAGCUCUCACCCAAGCCUGCCAGAUCCCCUGCCAAGAUGACUGUCAGUUUACCAGCUGGUCCAAGUUUUCCUCAUGCAAUGGAGACUGUGGUGCAGUUAGGACCAGAAAGCGUGCUAUUGUUGGAAAAAGUAAAAAGAAGGAAAAAUGUAAAAAUUCUCAUUUGUACCCCCUGAUUGAGACUCAGUAUUGCCCUUGUGACAAGUAUAAUGCACAGCCUGUGGGGAACUGGUCAGACUGCAUUUUACCAGAGGGGAAAGUGGAAGUGUUGCUGGGAAUGAAAGCACAAGGAGAUAUCAAGGAAUGUGGUCAAGGAUAUCGUUACCAAGCAAUGGCAUGCUACGACCAAAAUGGCAGGCUUGUGGAAACGUCCAGAUGUAACAGUCAUGGUUACAUCGAAGAGGCUUGCAUCAUCCCUUGUCCCUCUGACUGCAAGCUUAGUGAGUGGUCCAACUGGUCACGGUGCAGCAAGUCCUGUGGGAGCGGUGUGAAGGUUCGGUCUAAAUGGUUGCGUGAAAAACCAUAUAAUGGAGGGAGGCCUUGCCCUAAAUUGGACCAUGUCAACCAGGCACAGGUGUAUGAGGUCGUUCCUUGCCACAGUCAGUGCAACCAGUACGUAUGGGUCACAGAGCCAUGGAGCAUCUGCAAAGUGACCUUUGUCAACAUGCGAGAUAACUGUGGAGAGGGUGUGCAAACCCGAAAAGUGAGAUGCAUGCAGAAUACAGCGGAUGGCCCUUCUGACCAUGUAGAAGAUUACCUCUGUGAUCCAGAAGAGAUGCCCCUGGGCUCCAGAGAGUGCAAAUUACCGUGUCCUGAGGAUUGUGUGAUAUCUGAAUGGGGUCCUUGGACCCGAUGCACUUUGCCUUGCAAUCAAAGCAGUUUCCGGCAAAGGUCAGCUGAUCCCAUCAGACAACCUGCUGAUGAAGGAAGAGCCUGCCCUAAUGCCGUUGAAAAGGAACCUUGUAACCUAAACAAAAACUGCUUCCACUAUGAUUAUAAUGUAACAGACUGGAGCACGUGUCAGCUCAGUGAGAAGGCAGUUUGUGGAAAUGGCAUUAAAACAAGGAUGUUGGAUUGUGUUCGAAGUGAUGGCAAGUCGGUUGACCUGAAAUAUUGUGAAGAGCUUGGCCUGGAGAAGAACUGGCAGAUGAACACAUCCUGCAUGGUGGAAUGUCCUAUCAACUGUCAGCUUUCUGACUGGUCUCCUUGGUCAGAAUGCUCUCAAACAUGUGGCCUCACAGGAAAAAUGAUCCGAAGACGAACAGUGACUCAGCCCUUUCAGGGUGAUGGACGACCAUGCCCUGCCCUGAUGGAACAGUCUAAGCCUUGCCCAGUGAAGCCCUGUUAUCAAUGGCAAUAUGGCCAGUGGUCUCUAUGCCAAGUACAGGAUGCCCAGUGUGGUGAAGGGACCAGAACGAGGAACAUUUCUUGUGUAGUGAGUGAUGGGUCAGGUGAUGAUUUCGGCAAAGUGGUGGAUGAAGAAUUCUGUACUGACAUUGAACCCGUUAUAGAGGGUAAUAAAAAAAUGGUUCUCGAGGAGACCUGCACCCAGCCUUGCCCAGGUGACUGUUAUCUGAAGGACUGGUCUUCGUGGAGCCUGUGUCAGAUAACCUGCGUGAAUGGUGAGGACCUAGGCUUUGGUGGAAUACAGGUCCGUUCCAGAGCUGUGAUCAUACAAGAACUGGAAAAUCAACAUCUAUGCCCAGAGCAAAUGUUAGAAACAAAAUCAUGUGAUGAUGGACAGUGUUAUGAAUACAAAUGGAUGGCCAGUGCUUGGAAAGGUUCUUCCCGAACAGUCUGGUGUCAAAGGUCAGAUGGUAUAAACGUAACAGGGGGCUGCUUGGUGGUGCGCCAGCCUGAUGCUGACAGGUCUUGUAACCCACCGUGUAGUCAACCCCACUCUUACUGUAGUGAGAUGAGGACAUGCAGUUGUGAAGAAGGAUACACUGAAGUCAUGUCUUCUAAUGGUACACUUGAGCAAUGCACACUUAUCCCCGUGGUGGUGAUACCCACUGUGGAGGACAAAAGAGGAGAUGUGAAAACGAGUCGCGCAGUACAUCCAACCCCAUCCUCCAAUAACCCAACAGGACGGGGAAGGACCUGGUUUCUACAGCCAUUUGGGCCAGAUGGGAGACUAAAGACCUGGGUUUACGGUGUAGCAGCUGGGGCAUUUGUGUUACUCAUCUUUAUUGUCUCCAUGAUUUAUCUAGCUUGCAAAAAGCCAAAGAAACCCCAAAGAAGGCAAAACAACCGACUGAAACCUUUAACCUUAGCCUAUGAUGGAGACGCAGACAUGUAAAAUAUAACUUACCCUGGCAACAACCAGUUUCAGAUUUCUGACUUUGCAGUAGACAUCCAGAAGCCACAAAGCUCUUCAUACUGUGUGAAUUAAAAUGCAAUGUAACUUUUUAAAAGAGCAUCAAAGAAAGGAGUGAAAAUCACAGUGCCAUUGGAGAUAUUAAGACAGUACCACUUACAAAAAAACAAAAACAAACAAAAAAAAAAAACAGCCCUGAGAAUUCUAGGAGUUUUAGUUGAAUACAUGCUGCAUUCUAAGUUUUCUGUGAUCUUUUCUGAAAUCUAUCAACUGACAAUUCACAUUCAUCUCUAAAAUAUGGUUGUGGAAUUGUUCAGUUAGGAUGCCUGAUCCAAGCCUCUGUCGGCAGUGUUAACCCGUAACAACAUUUUAGCAUGAAGAGUUUAUACCAAGAUCUCUACAAUACUAUAGUGAAGCAUAACAACAUGUAUACGCAAUUGAAUGAUACACAUUACUACAUCAGACUAUGUACUUGUUAAUAAGCAAUUUUAAUGGUGAAUAAAAGAUAAGCGAAUAAAAGAUAAGCUCUAAGCGGAGAAAACCCAUUGAGUAAAUUCAGCAUCUUGGUCGUUGAUGAUAGCUUUCAUUAACCUGCAUUUCAGAGGCAAAGACUUUCUUCUAAGAAUUAGUUCGUGUCUUUCUCCAAAAUACGAAUGCUGGACAUGUACUAGGAUCUUAGAGAAAAAAAAAAAAAGUCCUCAAGUUCAGUAUUUUAUAGUGGUUAUUGUCUGGAAAACUUAUUUGCUUGUGUUAAUAUAUUUCUACUUUCCCUAAUUUUCAAACUGGUUGCCUGCAUCUCUUUUGCUAUAUGGAAGGCACAUUUUUGCACUAUAUUAGUGCAGCAUGAUAGGCACUUAACCAGUAUUGCCAUAGAAACUGCCUCUUUUCAUAUGGGAUGAAGACAUAUGUGCUCAGAGUGUCAUGGAGACAUUUGCAAGUUCUUGCAUUCUAAAGAGUACAAAGUUCAGUUUGGAUGGCAACAGGAUGGAAUUCGCUAUUACAUCUGCUGUAUACACUCUUCCUCAUUGCUGCAGCCAUUGCGAAAUCAACCACAUGGCAGGGAUUUAAAUGUUCAAAUCCCGAACUCAUUAACCUUUCAAAAGAUGGAUCUCUCUAGUUGGUUUUUAAUUGUACUUUGAAGGCUGUUUAUGACUAGAUUUUUAUAUUUGUUAUCUUUGUUAAAAAAAGAAAAGAAAAGAAAAAAAGGAGCUGGUUGUCUUUUUAAUUUUGAGCAGAUGGAGAAAAUAAGGUCUUGAUAAUUUUUGUAACUAAAAGGAAUCAAAAUUGUGUGUUGACUCUUCUUUUUCCCGAUUCACAUUCUUCGUUUCAUGUCAAAUGUAUCCAUGGUUGUGUCUUUCUUACUACUAAAAUUUGAAGGAGUCUUUGUAUGAUUUCAAAAGCUAAAAUUUUCAAGAGAGAAUAAGUGUUUUGCCCAGGGCUUUGUUAAAUAUCUAGACCAAGGGUCGCAAAAUUUUCUGUCAAGGCCCAGAUAGAAAUUUUCAGCCAGGUCUUUGUCACAGCUUCUCAAUUCUGUCAUCAGAAGAAUGCAGGUGUAGACAAUACACAGUACAUAGAAGAAUGAACACGGCAGUUUCCCAGUAAACCUCCCAUUAUAAAGACAGUCAUCAGGUCACAUUCAUUUGCAGGUUGUGGUUUGCUGACCACUGGUCUAGAAGUUUUUUCAGUGCUUACCUCUUGUGUCAUCUUUUGUUUUCAUUCAUUUACCUUAGAAUAUGAGAACUGUUUAAUUUCAAAAGUGAAAAGGAGUCAUUCAACUUUUUCACUGUUUUGGAAGUAGUUGUAUUUUUCACAGAAGUAGCCCUGGGAAAGGCACAGUGAAGUACUAUCUAUCUGAUUUGGUAGACUUCUUGUGUGUGAAAAGAAAAUUCAAAAGGUGCCAUUAAAAAGCAAUUCCAUUUUUCAGGCAACAUUUACUGCAACAACAUUUUGUAGAGGGGAGGACAUUAGGUUUUCAGGUCUUUUAAAAAUAGUAUAAUAAGCUAUUUUAUCUUAAACAUAGCUGUGUUGCUAUAAAAGUGGUUUAGACUAGGUGUUUUACAUUCAUAGUAGAGUUUGAGCUCCCCCUGCUGUUCAUUGGAUUAUUUGCAAAGAUUACAAAAAACAUCAGAUUAUCAGAUGUUGUUGCCUCAAAAAUUAACAAAUUUCUACCUAUUUCACUAAGAAUUAAAUGUAUAAAGCACUAAUUCCUUAUUAAACAUUCACUGUAUUAGGCAAAGCAAAUCAUUUAAAAGCAAAUAGGUGGUCACAAAGAUGAGAAUUUUACUUUAAAUCAAAGAUUUAAACAAAGAAACUCAUAAAAACAAAUUCCAUUGCAUCUGUCUUAUUGAAGAGAAGGAAUAAAAAUCAUAUGAUUGUUCUAAAACUGUGAUCGUCAGUGUAUGCACUCAGGGGUCUUCCAGAUAAUCCUCAAGUUGAUCUCUUUGAAUAAAAUGAACUCCAUUUGUACAAAAUGGUUGAGAAAUAAUCUGCAGUUACUUGAAGAAUUUAGCUAACAGCCUUAUAAAACGCAUGCAGCACCUACUAACUUUGAAGUUACUGAAUAGAAUAAAAUAGCAUUGCACAAAAGCUAUACUUCUGAUAUUGUAAAAGGUCACUAAUUCAGAAGGCAGAUCGGUAUCGUGUAACCCAUAUAUUAAGAAUUAAUGAACUGAUCAAAAUUAAUUUCAUGAAAAUACAUUAUUUUAUUCUUAAAUUAGUUACAUUUUACAACACUAUGUAUAUGAAGGAGACUGGGUUCAAUGUGACCUAACACUAGGGAACGUAUUGGAAGUUCACUGUUAGGAUAAAUACUGGGUGGCCUCUUGUUACAAAGAUGGAAGGCAGGACAUGUAGCCAGCUGGCUAUUUUGGACAAAUGAAGGUUACUAUAUUCAUGUUUACAACAUGAAAAUAGCCUUAGUUUUGUUCCUGGCAUGAGGCAAUAAUGAAUGAAGUACGUUACUGGAAUGUUAUAAAUAUUUUAUUCCUCCUGUUCAAUCUAGCAGUUCAGGAGGGGGAUAUACUAGUAACUGGUCCGUUGACACUUUUGCCUUACCAAAAUGACCUGUGAGCCCACAAAAGAUUUAGAACUACGGCUCUAUAAACAUGAAGGUCUGUUUGGUUUAAAAAAAAAAAGAAAAAAAAAGAAUGACACAGUAUUAUACUAUUUUGUUGGAUUGUUUCAAUAGAAACCACACAAAAUUGGCACAACUGAUCUCUCUUUAGAGGGUGAUUUGCUUCUUUAUCACUAUCUCAUCUAGGAUAUAGACCAGAAUUCUUAUUUGAAAGCCUUUUUGAAGACACUAUAGUGUAGCUUCAAGCUAAUUUAGAAAGGAGUGCAUAAAAGCAUGUUCUUAAUUAUAACAAAGCACAAAUCACUUAUGACAAAACAAAUACUUCUUGAAUUAUCACAUGUAAGAUACUCUGCUAGACACUGUAAAACAAUUAGUCAUGACUUUUGUAUGGAAGACAUUCAAAAAAAGAAUUAUGUUUAAUGAGUGAAGAAGUUACUUAAAUCACCCUUUACUCGAUUUGUCUCUAGUGUGAGAUUUUUACCUUGUGUAAUGUCCAUGUCUCAGGCCAUGCUGUUAGGCUUUUGCUGUAACCCUCCUUUGCCCUCAGGCAGGUGGCAAUGCUCAUUGUGGCUUAAUCAGAACACUGUUAAGUUCCUGGACAUUCCAAGAUAAAGCCACAUAUGCAGAACUUCUUACAGGAAGUAAUAUCUCUCAGUAACCUCCUCUAAAUCUCUGUCCCCAUUGCUCCUUUAUGAUCAUUUUCUCUGGUGUCUCUCUGCUCUCUUAACAACAAUGUUGUCUACUCUUCUCAGAACUGCCAUCUACCAAUGCAUGCUCAAAGUGUUAAGUAAGGGGGGAAAAGGUGAAGCUAUUUCUUACCUAUUACAGUCCAAGUGUCACUUAGAGUGUGAACAUCUUGAUUCAAACAAAAUGUAAGAUGUAGAAGACAUACCCCCCUCAAAAAAAAAAAAAAAUACUGUAAAAAUGUCAAUUUCUAUCCUCUUAAGUAUGACCCAGUUAUCUCUCCCUCCUCCUCACCUCUGUGCUCAUGUCCCACCCUGUUAAGAGAGGAAGGCAGGCCUGUACCUUACAGAAAGGAGAGCCCCUUCUUGGGCUUAGUGGGAGUUUGAAUAGAUUUGUAAGAAUCAUGCUUCCAAAAUCAUCUGAGAUGUAUGUGUAAAAAAGUAUUGCCAAAUUCAAACGUGUUUCUUGUUCUAUUUCCCACCAAGUCCGAAGGUGUUGAAAGGGAGAGCCUUACGGGAAAGAAUUUGUGAAGAAUCUUGUCAGCAAGUGAGCUUUCUUAGGUCUAGUUUACAUGUGAGAAUACAACAUCUGCCUGUCCCACCUGGUCCCAUCUUCAGGUAGCCCUGACUACAGAAGAGGAUUUCGGCCUCUUAAACUGGAGUGUGGGCCUAGCAAGCAUGACUCUUCAUAAAAAGGAUGUUUUGCAGUGUGAUGAUGGUAAUUCUCUGUCUAGCAGGGACACUGAAAAUGGUUAUGUCUACUUUAUUGAGUAAAACAUGCUAAGUGGAUAGAGUUAACGUAGUUUUAUGUUUUCAUGCUUCUACCCAGCCAGAUCUGAAAACGAGCAGUAUACAAAAACUUUUAGUUUGUGGCAGUCAUGUUUUCAGCAAUCAAAAUCUCUAGUCUAUUUAGAAUGUAAAACUGUCAGUCUUGUGUUUCGUAGACUUUUUUUUCUUAAAAGCAAUAGUUUCUAGAGCAUCUACUUUGAAACUUCAAUGAAAUUUUCACAACUAUUUUUCAGCAAUCUAUGUGUGUUUGUUUUUAAAAAGUAAACAUUAAGAUCCCCUCUCUGGUACUUUUUCCUGCCUAUUUGUAGCACAGAGAUUUGAAGAGAUCAGUAUCUGUCAUUGUAAAAUAUAACUUUAUUAAAUUUGCAAUAUGUCUUUAUAUAAAUUAUAAUCCCCUAAGUGUUUUUUUGUUAAUUUAAUUACCUGAAUAUUUAUUUUGUUUAAAUAAGGAGGCAGCUGUCUAAGAAGUUUUUGUUAAUAUUACUUUGUAAAUCGUGUAAUGUAAUUUAUUUUAAAUUAUGUACAUUUCUUUUUUAAUGCACAAGAUGUCUAUGUACAAUUACAGAUUUGAAAAUAAUGUCACUAGCUUUAUUCAGUUAAUACAGAUGGCAUGUGAAGAUGUAAUAUGCUUUUUUACAUUUUCAUAUGGGUUAUUUGUAAAUACGUUGCCGACAAACAUAAACAUGGAAAUCAUUUUCAUUCUA